GCUGUGUUUCAGCUUUGUUUUUAAAUAAUUUUUGGGACGAUGAAAUCUAAAAAUAUUGGAAAGAAAAAGUUGAAGAAAACAACUGUGAAAAAAAGUACCAAGAUGAAAGCAAUUCAUAAAACAGCAAAAACAAAUUUUAAUGAAAACGAUUCUGAUGAAAUUGAAGAAGACAUGCCUUCCUAUAUGAAUGAGGUUGAUGAGGAUGACCUGGAAGAUGAAGGGGAAAAACACAAACAAGAUUUAGAAAAACUGAAACAGAGUGACCCCGAAUUUUAUAAAUUUCUUCAGGAAAAUGAUAAAAAACUAUUGGACUUCAAUUUAUCAGAUGAAGAAGUAGAUGAUGACCAAAGUGAAUCAGGAAAUGCAAAAGACAGGGAGGUUCAUGAACCGGAAGAAAAUCUAGAAGUUGCUAGUGAUGAGAGUGAUUAUGAAGCUGAUGAUGCUGAUGAGACCAAGUUGAAAGAUUCUAGGAUAAUUACACAUAAAUUAUUGAAAGUUUGGUCAACAGAAAUUCAUACAGAUAAAACAAAUAAAACUAUAAUUGCCCUUAUUCAAGCUUUUCAUGCUGCUUUGAACACUGUAACAACACAGGAAGAGAUCCAAGAGUCUGCCAUUUUUAAAGUUGAAGGUUCUGCAGUAUUCAAUGGAGUCAUUCAAUUAUGUGUCCUUGAGUUGGGACCAGCAAUUAGGAGAUUUUUAGGUAUACACCAAGGGUCUAAAAUGCCAGCACACAAAUGUAAAAAAUUCAUAAAAAUCAAAAGGGUUCUGAAGGGCUACUUUACUGAUCUCCUGAAGCUAUUGUUGGGCGUUACUUCGUCAAACAUUCAGACAGUCCUCCUGAAACAUCUGCACUACAUGUCAGGCCUAUUAGUCUCCUAUCCGAACAUCACGAAAUCCUUGGUCAAACAGCUCGUGCAUCUGUGGGGCACCGGAGACGAUUCCAUCCGAGUACUAGCUUUCUUCUGCAUUUUACGCAUAACUAACAACCAGCAAGUCGCAGUGCUAGAAACAGUCUUGAAGGCCAUGUACAUGACUUACGUGAAGAACUGCAAGUUCGUUACUUUCAAAGGUUUGGCGGCUAUUAAUUUCAUGAGGCGCUCGCUGGUUGAACUUUUCGCUUUGGAUGCCAACUAUGCCUACCAGCACGUCUUUUUGUACAUUCGGCAGUUGGCGAUACAUUUGCGGAAUGCUAUAACUGUCAACAAGGCGGAAAACGUCCAGAGCGUGUACAAUUGGCAAUUUAUCUCUUCUUUGCAGCUGUGGGGUAAUUUGUUGUCGGUUUGUUACAAUAAGAAGACGAUGCAGUCUUUGGUGUAUCCGUUUAUUCAGAUUUGUAUUGGUACUAUUAAAUUGGUGCCGACAGCACAGUACUAUCCUUUGAGGUUCCAUGUCGUGCAGAUUAUGAUGGAUUUGGCCAAGGAGACCGGGGUGUUUAUUCCUGUUAUGCCGUUUUUGUUGGAGGUUUUAACUACUUGUGAUUUCAACAAAAAACAUCAGAAGGUGUCGAUGAAACCUUUGCAUUUCACGUGCUUAUUGAGGCUUUCCAAAUCUCAAUUGCAAGAAAACGGGUUCAAGGAUAUGGUGAUAGAAACUGUUUAUGGACAGUUAUUGGAGUGUCUCAGUGCCCAGUCACAUACACUAGCAUUCCCUGAUCUGAGCCUAAUUUGCAUUACUCAGAUUAAAACGUUCCUGAAAAACUGCAAAAACCCAAACUACACCAGGAAAUUCAAACAAUUCAUCGAAAAGGUGGAACAGAACUCCCAGUUCAUCGAAAAAGAGCGAUCAAAAUCCACCUUCAACAUCACCGACUUUAAACAAAUCGACGGCUUCGAAACCCAAAUAAAAAUCAAAGGUACUCCACUGUCCACCUUCUUCGAAAACUGGAACAAACUGAGGACGAUCAAGAAGAAUAAACAGCUCACAAAUAAUGAGGAAAUAGGCGAUUACGAUAUCCCCACAAUAAAAAGAAGUAAAAAAGACAUGAAUAAAUCAGGGGGACCUGUGGAAUUGUUCCCCAGCGACUCUGAUGAUGAAGGGGAUGAGGAGGAAAACAAAAACAGAAAGAAAAGAGGGAAGAGAGGAGGUAAGAAUGUCAAGAAGAGGAGCGCAGAUGAAAGUGGGCCAAUAGAAGAUACGGGCGAAAAAGAUAUCGUUGAGGACAUUGAAAUGGCUGAUUGGUGAUUUUU